AUGAAGAGAAUCAGACAAUACAUUGCGAGGAUUUCGCGAACAGAACCAAGGACAGAAACCGAUUCGAGGUUGUCCAGUUCUGCAACCACAUCGAGAAGCUCCAUUGACGAAGACGCCACGGGUAUACUCGUUCUACAGGAAGGCCAGGAGCCUGAGAAUGAGAGAGGCAUAGAUAUUGUCUUUGUGCAUUGCAUAGGUGGCAGUCGCAUCCGCUCGUGGACUAAGCACGAUGUCUGCUGGCCGCGCGACCUCCUGGGUCGAGAAUUCCCCCAUGCGAGAAUUCUCACUUGGGGCUAUACCCUUCCAAUGUUGAACAACAGCAACGUCAGUGAACACCUCGAGCGUCCGCUCGCUGAUUCCCUGAUAAUCGACUUAUCUAAAGUCAGUCGCAAGACGAGUCGCCAAAUCAUAUUUGUGGCUCACGGUCUUGGUGGCAUGAUUGUCAAGGAGGCGCUCUCGGCCGCUGCUGUAUCACAAAUAUACGGCAAAUACUCGGAAAUGGCCGACAUCUAUACGAAAACGAUUGGGAUCUUGUUUCUCGGUACGCCCCAUAGGAGUACAGAGCGGCUUUCGCUCGAGGAUGUCUUCGCACAAGCCGCCGUGAUUGAGAUGAAACGAUCAGACGAGGCCUUUGUGCAAUUGAUAAAGAAGAGAGUGGAGUCAUGGGCUACGCCAAAAGACGAUUUUGUCGCAUUUUCGCGCGAUAUGUCAGUCGUGUGCGUGAGGGAAUUGAUUCCAGUUACGACGCCUACAAUGUCGACGAUGGUUCCAAAAUCAUGUGCCACAUAUGAAGGCUUAAAUGUCGUAUCUGACGAUAUCUUGGCCGACCAUUUCAAUAUAGCCAGGUUCUCGGAUCGGCAAGAUCCAGGUUACUUUCAGCUGGUUGGGCAUCUCAGUAGAAUGUCCCGUAGAUCGCAAUCAACUGAUACCGAAGCCAAGGCUGUUCGCGGCAAAGAAAUCCUCGAUGCUCUGUAUUUCGACACCCAGAAUAAACGAGAGCCCAGUGACGAUUCUUUCGAUCAGACUUGCGCAUCCAUCGUUGCUGGAGGCGAAGACCAGCCCUCAUCGGGAUUCUACAGGUGGUGCCGUUCUCCAGAAACUCUAUUCUGGAUCAGCGGCAAUGCCGGCUCUGGUAAAACGACACUGAUGAGGCAUUUGUUCCACAAUCCAGAAACCCGAACACACCUUGAGCAAUGGGCAGGCGAGGGCACUACUGUGCUCAUGGUAAGCACAUAUCUAUGCGAAAGUGGAGAGCAGGUCCAAAAGUCCCAGGAAGGCAUUUACAGAUCUAUCCUCCAUCAAAUUCUCACUGCCCGGCCUGACUUGGUCCCUGUCUGCUUCCCUAGUUUCAUGGACGGCCCCUGGCCGCCGCCUAUUCCUUUCAAUACGGUUGUCAAUCUCAUGCAAGCCUUCUAUCAAUUGCUUUCGAAAAUGGGCCGAACGUUUCGGCUUGUUGUAUUCUUGGAUGCCAUCGAUGAGUAUCGCUCGACCGAGACCGAUGACUUUGCCGCAAGAGCGAGCAUAUCUGGAGAGUCAAUGGAUUCUGACAGCCAAAAUUCGGUUCUCGGUUCGAAAGAAUGGAUCGCCAGCUCACACAUGGAGAUAGCACGCCUAUGCAGCGAGUUUUCAUUCUCGGAUGCUAUCAAGGCUGUGAUUUCUAGUAGAGAACUUCCCAUAUUCGAGGAGACAUUCUCCCAGAUUUCCCGCAUGCGCGUUCAUGCGAGGACACAGAAUGUAAUCUCACAAUACUGUGCCGACCGUCUCGACGAUGUUUCUCCAGGGCUCUCCUCUGGACAACAACACCUUUGCAACGAGGUUGCUCGUCUUUCCAACGGUGACUUCCUGUGGGCGAGACUGGCCAUCAAUAUCUUGAUGGAAGGAUCCCUCAAGUCGCUGAGGCAUACACUUGAUAACCUUCCCACCCAUCUCAUGGGCCUCGAUGGCUUAUACAUGCGCAUAAUUCAGGAUCUUUCUCCUGCAUAUCAACGCGAAGCAUGCAGAAUUAUCGAAAUCACUCUGAGAUGUCGCGAUCCACCCGAUAUGAUCACUCUAGCAUUAGCCGACGAGGGAUACUUGGCGAGGAAAGAGCUUCGGAAACAAAACCCCGAGCUAGGAGAACUUCUGGUACAUCACGACAAAGCAAAACCGAUGUCCGAGUCUGACGCAAUGGAAAUUUCCCGAAGCAUGGAACAUCGGCUGGCGACUCGCUGUGCAGGCUUCCUAGAGAAACGAGAAGGCAGUCAGCGUGUGGCAUUCAUGCAUUUGACUACAAAAGAGUUCCUGUCAAGGCCGAGCCUUUGGGAUAAGCUCUCGGUCAUGAAACCCAGCAGCGUCGAGCUUGACUAUUCACUCAUUAGUGCAAACGUCCGCUAUCUCCGGUAUCUUGCCAGAACACGCUCAAUCGCUUCUAGGCGGACGCGGUUCCGGAUUGAGCCGAGCAUAUGGCUGAUCAUUGGUAAUACUCUGCGCUACGCCGGCCGUGUGGAUGACAAACCUUUUGAUUUCAAAGCAUACGUGGAAUUGCUCGACGAGCUCGACGAGACUUGCCGAGAGGGUUGGAAACAGGCGGUCCGUGACUUUGUACCCGCACCCACUGAUCUCGGCUGGUCCAACAAGGAGCGAGCCAAGCUCAUGGCCUCGAGCUGGGCAAGCUUUGAACCGAUGGACGUAGGGAAUUCCCCAUCGCGGCAUAAUUUCCUUGCCCUGGCUAUCCAAGCAAAUCUGUUGAACUACGUAUCAGCAAAGCUGAUGUUGCUUGAUGAGGCUGAGCGGGCUACAGAAGCACAGGCCUUGCUGCAAUAUGCCGUCUGCCCCGAGGGAGACAUUCGGUCGAUCGGCGGCUCCAUGGUAUCAUCUUGCGCCCCGCUGACCGGAAGUUACAAAGACUUUCAUCAUGAUCUGCCCGACGCAAAUUUUAUACGCUUGCUUCUCACUUGCGGGGCCAGCAUGCGACACCAGCAAGCUCAGGAUGUAUGGAAGCGGGUCUUGCAAGCUGGCCAAAAGUACUUUUCCCAAGAACAGAGCCUUGCGAUAGUAUCUAUAGGCGCUACUGCAGGACAGGCGACGAACAAGAAUCGUCGGCAAUGGGUGGCCAUUGUCACAAUACUCUUGGAUAACGGCGCAAACCCUCAGCUUCAAGUCGAGACUGGCGGUGGACAUAACGACGGGUCGGUUGAGAUCAGGGCGGCCAUUGACAUUAUUGGAGAUAUACUGGCGGGCGAGGAAGAGUUUGCAAGAGACUUGCUCGUCAUUGAGGCGGCUGCAGUGAGAGAGUCCAUGGCGAGAAAGACUAGCUAG